CGGCGGCCCUGAGGAGAGCCAAGAUGGCGGCCGCGCGGUGGCUCGGGGCGGCAGCGGGGCUGGGCGGCCGGUUCUGUCGUACGAUGGUAAAAGAUCAUAACUUGAGAACUCAACAGUCUUUCUACCAACUUGCGCCAAAGAAACCAUUUCUUCCAUCUGGAGUAUGGCAUAAUGCAGUAAGAUGUAUGUUUAUUCAAACUCAGGACACGCCAAAUCCAAAUAGUUUGAAGUUUAUUCCAGGGAAGGAAGUGCUGGAGUCGAGGACUAUGGAGUUUUCCACACCAGCCGCAGCAUUUUGCUCACCUUUAGCAAGGCAGUUAUUCAAAAUUGAAGGGGUUAAAAGUAUUUUCUUUGGACCAGACUUCAUCACAAUCACGAAGGAGAGUGAAGACCUGGAUUGGAACCUAUUGAAACCAGAUAUUUAUGCAACUAUAAUGGAUUUCUUUGCCUCUGGCUUACCUGUAGUUACUGACGAGGCACCUAGGACAGAUACAGCUGCCUCAGAAGAAGAUGAUGAAGUUGUAUUGAUGAUUAAAGAACUGCUGGAUACAAGAAUAAGGCCGACAGUGCAAGAAGAUGGUGGUGAUGUUAUUUAUAAAGGCUUUGAGGAUGGGAUUGUGCAGCUGAAGUUGCAGGGUUCAUGCACCAGCUGUCCCAGUUCCAUCAUCACCCUGAAGAAUGGGAUUCAGAACAUGCUCCAGUUCUACAUCCCUGAAGUAGAAGGCGUGGAACAGGUUGUUGACGACGAUGAUGACGUGGAGAAAGAAGCAAAUUCUACUUGAACUAGCAUCAUCUGCGGCCAAAUACGUAUUUACCUCAUGGUGUACGUAAACUAUCUUUGUGCUGAGGAACAGCCAAAUUUGCCUUUCUUUUCAGAAAAAUAGUUGCACUUAUAUCUGUGAACAUGUGUCAUCAGUUUAAGCAGUUUGUCCACUAAUUUAUUAAAUGCCCUGCAUUCAAA